ACGAUAAAAAAAAGGAAAAUACCCAGUCAUCGCCGAUAAAUUCCUUAUUGAAAAGUCGGUGUCGUCGAGUGAAAAAGGGAAAAGCCACAAACAUUGUGUUUGACGCAGCAUGUACAACAUUUAAAUUUUUCACCAGAAUCAGGAUGACAAACUUCACUGUGAUUCUCAUUAUAACAGUGCAAUCACUAUGCCUGGCGUUGGAGCCGACCACAUCUCAAAUUGAGAAUGACGUUGAAAACAAUACAUCUUUAGACUGUCAUGCCACAGCAUCGUUAAUGAAAGAUAAAAUAAAAUCUCGUCUUUUGAUAUUACAGUCUAAAAUUUCACCCAUUUCAUUGGACCUUUUAUCGCCUGAUGUGUUAUCAGUUGAAGAUCCCUUACAGUAUUGGAUUCGAAAAACAAAUAACUUAUCUCCUCGAGAUAUUACGAAGACAAAGACCGAUGUGAAAUUUGUUAUGAAUUCGAAUACCUUUCCUGAGAGCUACGCCGCAUACGUUGAAGUUCUGAAGUCGAUUCUUAACUGUCAGAUAGCGCUUACCAGUGUUAAAAAUGAUAUCCGAAAAAUUCAAGCUACACGUGCUUCAAAAACAGAGGAAAGCUUUUCUAUACCAUCUGAUAUAUCAUCGCCAGCCCAGCUGUCUGAUACGGGAUUAUUUUCACCUGAUAUCUUCUCUGACCCCGACACACCUCUACACCUUGUCACUAAACUAUUGCAUAUUCCAAAAAAAGAGAUUUCAAACUUGGGGACGCGUUUGAAGAAUUUUGCAAUGAAGGUUACAGAAUCAAGCAAGUAUACUGGUCAAGUAUGGUGGCCGUACAUUUCGUACUGUUACGACUUGAAAAUACUUUUUACAUAUGAAUCCGCUCUCGAUGGCUUGAAACACGAUGUGGGCAAACUACAACAGAUUAUGAGAUCACAUUCCCCGAAGCAAUGUCCCCAAUUGUUUAAUCAAUCUUACAAUGGAAUUUACAAAUCCCAAACUUCUGGUGAAACAGUACCUAGCAACUCGAAUCUGGGUCUUGCAGUUGAAAAUUCAACAAACUCUGUUUUCUCAAGUGGUGGUCCCAGUAUUGAGGCUCCCUGUGAUCCGUUGCAGCAAACAGCAACCAUGAUGACAUUGCCGAGUGUUCUAUCGUUCGAUGCAUUCUCUCAAGCUGAUAUUUUCCCUUAUCUAGUCAAUAAAAUAAUGAGAAUAAGUCGGUGGAGAAAGGAAAUUAUACCCAUCAAAUAUGAAGCGGAAAACGCUUUGAAAAGAAAACAACUUCCUGCGUGCUAUAUUCCAUAUGCUACCUUGCUUUCAUCGAUUCUGAAAUGCUUGAUACAUCUUGUGAAUUCGUCAGAGGUAGAUUCAUUCCUACGAGGAAUCAAAAUUCGUCGCGCUAGGAAUAUGGACGGUUUUAAUUCUUUACCGAUUGACAUUUCUUCAUCGUCCGAGUUAUCAGAAUUAUUUUCUGCCGAUAUUUUCUCCGAUCCCGAACCUACGGCGCUAUUUCUUGACAAAAUCUUGAAAAUGCCGAGUGAAAAAAUCGCAAAUUUGAAGAUCCAGUUACAAAAUUUUCUACAUAAAUGGGAUGGGAUAGACGUGCACAAGAUUCCGUUUCCAUUCUGGUACAAAUGGUAUGCUAACUCUGUGUUUAAAUUUUUACAAGAUGAAUCCAUAUUGAAUGAUUUGAAAAAAGAUAUAGCUGGAAUUCCACGCAGAUCGGUUUCUGGCGAAGGUACUGUCCUUUAAGAGGAGUUCAAGAUUAUUGUAACUAAUGUAUAAGUAGGUAUAGAUAUUCUCAUAAAUUAGUAGAAAGUAAUAGGGAGGUACGUACAUAGUUACCGGAAGGGGGGAGAGAUAAAGUCUAGUCAGAUCAGGAGCUAAUCUGAUUAUAGGUUGAACAUAUCCGCGCAUUCCUGAAUACAUAAAUUCAUCUACCCAAAAGAAUGUGCUCAGUUCUGAUCAUAUGUUUUAUGCAAUCAGACGUGCACUUAUCAGAAUAGAUAACUUGAAUUUGCGCAAUUUAUAUUAUUAAUUAUUUAAAAAUAAACACUGUAAGUAUCACUA